ACAGCCAAAAAAAAAAAAAAAAAUAGCCAUAGAAACCCUCAGUUUCAACCAUGACGAUGUACAUGAGACGCAUAGCGGAUUUGGACCUGGAAGAUCGCCGACGGUGGGAGAGGCCGAGAGGCGGCUUAUCUGAACAUCUCUGGGACCAGGGUUUGGUCUCGGUUUCAUAUUUAGAAUACUUUGGGGCCUUAACAGAAAAAUUAGAAAAGGAAGGCAUCAAGCUAGAAGGAUCAUUUGUGCCUUCUGUGGAACAGAAACAAAGUAGCUGGUACCGGCCUUGUCUUCCUUUAAAGAGAAAAGCAAAGCGAUUUGGUUAUCAUCCAUGUUGCACAAUUGGUGUUCAUACUAAUGGCUCUCAUGCACAGUCUCAUUCUGCCGAUAGGUCUUGCAACUGUUGCGGUAUCACCCACUGGCGUCGACAAUGUCCCCUUAAGCGUGAUCAACCCGAACCAAACUAAUGAUGCCGGCACCAGCAACGGUUCAUGUACCAAAGAAUGACAACUUGAACUCUCUUUAGAUGUUAUAUAUAAUUUAUGAGACGAACUUUGUUGAAUUUGUCACAAGUGUAGUACUAGUUGUGUGACUUGUGUCAAUGGUGCUUGUAUGUAUAAAUUUUGACUUUUAAUGGAUUGGAACAUAGACCUUCCCAUAGCUGCUUGACAAAAUUACUGAAAGGGAAGCUUGAUUGUUUAAGCUUGAAUGUUCAAAGUAUAGGUCUUUGUGUUGUUUUGGGUUUUCUUUUGGGGUAGAGAUCGUCUUGUAUGAUGAGUCAGUUUUGAAUGUCGAAGUGGAAAGUAUGUUUCUUGUUGAAUGUAUCAUAUUUCAGAGU